AUGCCCAUCAAGUCAACCUUCAGCAGCGCUCUCAUCGGGUUGCUUGCUACACUACCUCUCAUCUCAGCGCAUACAUGGAUCGAACAGUUGAUGGUCAUUGCUCCAAAUGGUACUUUGGUCGGGCAGCCAGGGUUUCCGCGCGGAAACGUCUUGCGUGGGACUCCCCAGUUCAAUGAUCCAGCGAUGGUCAACCUCAUUCCACCCGAUGGACGUCCUAUCAACCAGAUCCAGUCUUCUGACCUUAUGUGCAAAUCCACCCAAACAUCCCAAACCCAAACCGAUGGUUCUCCGAGACUGCAGGCUCCUGCUGGGGCAGGUGUUGCACUGCGCUUCCAAGAAAACGGCCAUGUCACUUUGCCAGACAACCAACCCGGCAAGCCACCGAAUCGAGGCACAGUUUAUGUCUACGGAACCUCUCAACCCAACCCCGACGACUCUUUCCUUGCGAUCCACCGUGUAUGGACGCCUGACGGCUCCGGUGGUGAUGGUCGCGGCCGUCUUCUGUCCACUCGCAACUUCGACGAUGGGCAAUGCUAUCAAGUAAACGGCGGUCAGAUCUCCCAACAACGUCAACAGCAGUACGGGCAUCCUUUCGAUGAUCUGAUGGGCCAGGAUCUCUGGUGCCAACAAGACAUCCAGAUCCCAGAUGAUGCACCCACGGGUCAACCCUUUACCCUAUAUUGGGUCUGGGACUGGCCGACGUUGCCAGGCGCUCCAGGCUAUCCCAACGGCAAGCAAGAAAUCUACACUACCUGCAUGGACAUUGAUAUCGUUGACAAUACCGACAUCAACGCGGUCUCCAGGGCACAGGUUAACUAUGCGCCUGGUCAACCUCUUGACAACGCUGCCGUGUCUGCUCAGAUGACCGACCUUGCCAAUCCUACUGCCGUCACAGGUCAGACCAUCCCUUUCACCGACCUUGCCACCACCUUUCUGUCACAUGUAUUGCCGACAACUACCACCCGCAUGCUAACGUCCACUUCUUAUACAGGUUCUACUAUUGCCUUCUCCGCCUCAGCUACAGGGCCUGUCUCUGGUGGUGCAAGCGAAGCUAGUGUCUUCGCUGCCACAGCGUCCGAGACUGGAGUUCCUGCUUUCCUGAGCGUCCAUGUGGGUUCAACAGCUGGACCAGGCGUCGAGACCCAAACCUUUAGUGUCAUUCCGAUCGGUGUAUUCACUACCACUACUGAUAACGCCCUGGCGCAACAAACUGGCGGUUCAGAUAGUGGAGAUGGAAGUGGUCGUGGUGGACGUGGCGGCAACAACGAUGGUACGUUACCAUCCCCAUGGAUCUUCUCGGUACUUUCCAAAUGGCUGAACGGCCUGGCCGCUGACUCUACUGCCUCCCCAGAACCUCAAGUGACAGCCGCUCCAAAUGCUGCGGGCAACGUCGUCGUGGCGACUUUCACCGAGUAUGAAUCUGUAUACGAGACCGUUUACGAGACCGUAUAUCUGACGCAGUACACCAAGCGAGAUGCAGGUGAGUCUCACUACCCAACUGCCCCGGGGCUCAUGGACGGCGAUCUUGCCUCUGUGACGACCUCUGACUCCCUUCCCAUCCACACUCAUUCGUCCCCGUCCGACUGCUUCUGGUGCCCAACUGGCUCGGCAAAUCCGAGAUUCACGCAACUGAGUGGCCCACCACCUUGGCUCGGCGGCGCUUGGGCGACGAGAACUCGGUGGCCUCGUCCGCAUCCGACAGACUUGGAGGCAUACAACAACAGCGGCACCAGAUUUGGUGGCAGACAUGGCUCGACGGCGGAAAGCACAAUCACAAUUUCAAGCACCCUGAGUGUGACAACAUAUGUGCCUUCGACUUCGGCUGCCGCUGCAGUGGUUCCUGUGUCUUUGGCUCCGUCACCAGUAUUGACAGGGGCCGCAACCACUCAAAGGGCAGUUACCCUUGACGGUACAUCGACCUUGACGACAUGCUUACCAUCUGCCUCUGCCUCUGGUGCUGUCAACGCUGAUGCUGGUGCUGAUUCCUCCACUGUUGCCGUGCCGCUGUCGAGCUACAGUUCCCAGCCCUUCCCUCCUCUUCCCUCCUCAAGCCCUACAGACACAGACAACUAUUCUGCCCAAUCCCCUUCACCAUCCAUCCCGUUCUCUUCAACGUCCACAGCUACAGUCACAGUCACGAUCUCUCCCUUUGCUUCUUCACCUACAUCACUGCCACCAGCGAAUGCUCCAGGAGACUCGGCACUAACGUUUGCUGUUCUGCCAAUUCCAGAUUCUUCACCGACGCCUACACCAGCACCAACAGUUUCAACAGAUCACUCCGUGUUCCGGCUCAGGGCACGGAACCCCUUUAUUUGGCUAGGCUGGACCACGCAGCAGGCAGAAGCAACCCAGGGUGUUUCUUCCUCAUGA